GACAAUAGACUAGACUGAAGGGAGGCUCCGAGAACUCAUCCUAGUUCAAGCAGAAGCCCAGACGCAACAAUGCACGGAAAGAGUGUGGUCCUUCGCAGCUCCGGGACCCUGGCCGCAGCCGAGCUGAGCUGCCAGGUAACAGAGAGAGACACAUCCCGGAAGGAAUCCUUCAGUGCGGAAUGGAAGGACCUCUCACUCACCGCUAGGCCUGAGGAACGCUGGUCUCGGUUUGAAGCAGACAAACAGCGCAGAGAAACUUACCGCCAGCAACAGGAGGCCCGGGUCAUAGUGCAGAGGUCUCCAUGGGGCAUCCUUCGCUUGGGUCUGCUGGGCAAACCUCUGACCUCCUACCACCUGCCCUACCAGAGGCCUUUGCCCUUGCCCAUCUUCACACCGGCCAAGCUAAGCGCCAGGGAGCUCACCCCAACCCCCUCAGAGUCUGUGGAGUCCUUGCCGGUGACUGGCGUGUGUCUUGACAAGAAAUCUGUGGCCGAGAUCACCAAGGAGCUGCCCCUCGUCAUCCAGCCCGCCUGCCCCGACUUCAAGAAAGGCUUGCCCCGCUCCUUGUCCCGUUCCAUGUCUCAGGAUGCCCAGAGAGGCUGAGCGUCCGGGACCUUUCCCCCAACGCAACGACUUUCCUUCGGGAACUGGCUUGGAUGCCUCGGGGUGGGGGGUGCCCCCCCUCCCCACGUCUGUUGCUGCAUGAGGACAAUCCGAAGGGGCCCAGGGACAUAGAAAAGAUUUGGUAGGAUCGAAGCCACCUUGAUGACUCCAAUGGAGAACUCUUGGGGGUGGGGGUGGGGGCAAGGACUAGGACUAGGACUAUCUCUGUGUGUAAAUGUGUAUAUUAGAUGUACAGCACCGUGCACGUCCGCCACCAGUGCUUUCCUUUCUGCACCGUGCAUCGCGGUGGUGUUUAUUUUUAUUUUUAAAAAGGACUAUCUCCCCAGGGAGAGUAGGGGAAGCCCUUGAAUUAAAGCAGAGAGGAAAAGAUAAGGACAAGAUCAUCAUACACAAAGCAGCUCAUGGAGGUGAAGGGCCCUCGUCCCUGUGGUUUCACAUAGCUGGGUGAAACACCAUUUGUAGAUGGAUGGUGAUGGGAACCCUGCUUCGUGAGUUUAGCAGGAGAGAGCGAGGGUUCCUUGCAGAAAGAAGAGGAAGGUUGAAGGCAAGUGAGCGGCAAGUGAGAGAGUAUGGAAGACAUUGGCAGUGCUCCUGGUUCUGUUUCAGCCGAUGUGGCCUGCGCAGGUGUUUGGCGGGUGGAGAGGAAUCCGAAUGUUGUACUUGAGGAGCGGGGGAGAGCGUUAAUGGGACUAAACAACUUCUGAGGUGGCAAUCUCUUACCCUCCUCCCCACAUGGGGUACGGGGACUCAGUAAAAAUUUCCUAGUGCGUAUAUAAUGAGGAACAUCUGCAUCUUGGGGAGGUGAAGAUGAGCCAAAGUUGAAUUAAGGGGCUAAUAGAGAAGGAAAGGAAGAGGGUUUAGCCUGGAUAGAAGAG